GUUGCGCUUAUAAAUCCUAUUCCCAGAUUCUUUAGAUUUUCAUCCACAAACUAAGCUUUUCAGAUAUGGCUUUAUCUUCUUCAUAUCUCUUGAUCACUACAAUUCUUGUAAUCUUAAUCUUUGUUUCAUUUUCCAAUGCUCAACCUACUUCUUCAUCUCGUCCUCAAGGGGUCGUCCUUCCGGUCACUAAAGAUGCAUCAACGCUUCAGUAUGUAACUUACAUGAAGCAAAGAACUCCUCUAGUUUCUGAAAGCCUAGUCAUUAAUCUGUCUGGUGAAUUCCAAUGGGUUGAUUGUGAGAAUGGCUAUGUUUCAUCAUCUAACCGCACGCUCAGCUGCUCUGGAAAAGAGUGUCCAUGGAUCAGCGGUGCUUCAUGUGGACGACCUCCUAGGCCGCCAGGAUUUCAGCCAUGCCGUGGUUUUGUAUAUUUAUCCAACCAAGGUGUCUUUGCAUCAGAUGUUGUAUCCGUGCCUUCAUUUAUAAAUGGGUCUAAAACAGGUCCAGAUGUGGCGGUUAAGGAAUUUGUAUUCGGUUGUGGAUCAACAUCUCUGUUACAAGGGCUUGCCAAGGGUGUAAAAGGAAUAGCUGGUUUCGGACCUUUUCAGGUUUCGGUACCUUCACAGUUUUCAUUGGCAUUGCGCAUCCCACGAGUCUUUUCAAUGUGCUUACCAUCAUCAACAGAAGCAUCUUCAAAAGGAGCAAUAUUUAUUGGUGGGGGACCUUACAAAAUGCGACCAGGAAUUGAUCUCUCAACUUCACUUAGCUACACACCUUUUUAUACGAGUCUUGUUGGACCUAAUUUCACAUCUGGGUAUUACAUUCAAGUAAAAUCAAUCAACAUCGGCGGCAAAAAAGUUCCAGUGGUUAGCGAUAAUACUACUUUUGACAGCUUGGGUUUCAUGAAAUUAACUUCAAUUAGCACCUUAAUUCCUUACACUGUUCUACCUUCAUCUGUUUACAAACCAUUCAUUAGCAUUUUCAUCGAGAAAGCUAAAGCUAUGAAUAUCGCUAGCGUGGCUCCGGUAGCACCUUUCGGUGCUUGUUUCAAUUCAAGAAAUAUAUUUAUUACACAUACAGGAGGUCUUGUGCCAGAGAUCAAUUUCGUCUUGCAUGCAGAGAAAGUAGCUUGGAGGAUUUCCGGAUCCAAUUCUAUGGUUAAAGUUAGUGAUACAGUUUCGUGUUUGGGAUUUGUCGAUGGCGGUGAAUUUGCAAACCUUGUUAUUGGUGGGCAUCAGCUGGAAGACAAUCUAUUGGAGUUCAAUCUUGCAAAAAAGAGGUUGGGAUUUACUUCAACACUUCCUCGGCAAACAGCUUGCUCUCUCUUCAUGUUGGGAGAAAAAUUCUUGGCCGCCACUUAGUUAGGCUAGUAAUGUAUCGCAUGUCUUUUGGUUUGGUGUUAUUUUGAUUUUCGAUCGAAGAAUCGCUUGUAAUGAAUAUGGGACUUUCCUACCAUGAAAUAAAUCUAAAGA